AAAAAAAAAAAUGAGUUGGAUUGAUAAACUAAAUGAUACAGUGGCUCGUUCAAGGUUUGGAAGGUAUUUUCAACUAGAACAUUCGGGCCAUAGAAGAGAAAGAAAAGGAACCAAGUUCUCAACUGAACUUCGUGCUGGUCUGACUAUCUUUUUUGCUAUGGCUUAUAUUAUCUCGGUAAAUGCUUCUGUGAUCUCUGAAAGUGGUGGUACGUGUGUCUGUGCUGGUACAACAACAGACCCUACCUGUGACAAUGAUACUGCUUAUAUGGACUGUGUCUAUCAAGUCAAAUUGGACAUGAUCAUGGCUACUUCUAUUAUUGCCAUGAUUUCGAGCAUUUUGAUUGGUGUGUUUGCUAAUUUGCCUCUGGGUAUGGCACCCGGUAUGGGUUUAAAUGCCUAUUUUACUUAUACCGUGGUGGGCUAUCAUGGCUCAGGCAAUGCUUCUUAUCAAACUGCCGUUGCUGCUGUCUUUCUUGAAGGUAUCAUCUUUUUUGUCUUGAGUAUCUUUGGUAUUCGUCAAUGGUUGGCUCGUGUGAUUCCGAUGAGUAUCAAGGUAGCUAUGGGUUGCGUCUUCUGCUGGUAUCGGUCUGGUCCGACUGGAUUACUCAACCUUGGUUACCUUGGGGGUUGUCCUACCGAUGCUCUGGAUGAACAUGGUGUCUGUCAAUAUGGUCACAUGACAUCCCCUACCUUGUAUAUGGGUCUUUUGGGACUGAUGAUCAUGGCCAUCCUCCUCAUGUACCGUGUUCGUGGUGCUAUUUUGAUUGCUAUCAUUGCUAUUGCCAUCACAUCCUGGCCUCGUAAUAGUCCGAUUACUUAUUUCCCUUACACGGCCCAAGGCGAUAGUAUGUUCAACUACUUUAAGAAAGUUGUGACAGUCCACAACUUGCAACAUGUGUUGGGUGAAUUCGACUUUAGUUUCAACAACCGACAGAUUUGGAUUGCCUUGGUUACGUUCUUGUAUGUCGAUAUCUUGGAUACUACAGGCACCAUGUAUUCCAUGGCUCGCUAUGGUGGAUUCACAGACAAGACAGGUGAUUUUGAACAUUCGACCAAGGCCUUUUUAGCUGAUGCUUGUUGUAUCACGAUCGGCUCAUGCUUCGGUAGUUCCAGCUGUACUGCCUUUGUUGAAUCAGGUGCAGGUAUUGCUGAAGGUGGCCGUACGGGUAUCACAGCCAUCACUGUUGCUUUUGGUUUCUUUAUCUCCAUCUUCUUUUCGCCUAUCUUUGCCAGUUUCCCUCCAUGGUCUACAGGUCCUGCCUUGAUCAUUGUGGGUUCAAUGAUGACUUCUAGUGUGCGUAAUAUCAACUGGGACUAUCCUGGUGAUGCCAUUCCUUCCUUUAUUACCAUGGCUGUCAUGCCAUUCACCUACUCCAUUGCUUAUGGUGUGAUUGGUGGUAUUCUGUCUUAUAUCAUCAUCAAUGGGGUUGUCUUCUUGGUCGAUCGUAUCUCAAGAGGUCGUGUUCAUCCUGACUAUUCCUCAAGAGAGAAUUGGUGGACAGCUGUCAUGAGCCGUUCAUUUGUGCCUAUCUGGAUACGUUAUCUGAUAGCCAAGAUGCGUGGACAACCCUUUGAUUGGCACCAAGAUGAUGAAUAUGAAUUUGAACAAAACCAUCAUGAAGCCACUGAACCCAACAGUCCCACUGUAGUCAUGAGUGAUCCUAUGCAUGAAAUGCCUUCCAGCACAGAUCUAUCACAUGAAAAACGAUAA